CUGCAAACCAGGCAAGACACUACAAUACAUUACAGUUAUACAAACUGUCGAACAUUAUUUUAUCAAUCAGAUUCAAAACUAACCAGAAAAAAAAAAAACAGAUUCAAAACCAACAUUUAUAUUCUGCAAAACCCUAACACAACACACACACUCACUUUCAAUGGCGAAUUAUCAUAGAAAACCAGCAGUAAUAGACCCGAUGUACUACCCAGUGAUCGCUUUAAUCAUCGCCGUUAUCGCCUUCGUUGAGCUCUCUGACGCCGUCACCGUCGUCGACGUCUACCGGCUUGUUCAGUACGAUAUCUCCGGCGUCCCCUUCGGUUCUCGGCUCGCUGUUCUUAAUCAUCACGCUGGCUCGUCCUUAUUUGCUUCUGGUGGCUCCGGUUCCGAUCUCUCUCGUACGGUUCUCAUUCUUCCGGUUAGGGAAUUGGAUCCCACUCUCAUUAAAGAAUAUAUUGAACAGAAAAAUCUAUUAGGGGGUUUACUGCUUUUACUCCCCCCAAAACUUAGUCCAGAAAACCUAGACAACGCAUUUGGUGCUGAUGAGGGUAUUAACAGCCUGAUGAGCAAAUUGGCUGAGUUGGAACGGUUGCUUACGCAUUCUAAUAUCCCUUAUCCUGUAUAUUUUGCUUUUGAGGAUGACAAUAUCAAUGCUGUACUAGCUGAAGUUAAGAGAAACGAUGCUAGUGGUCAACCUGCAACAGCUACCACAGGCGGCUACAAGCUUGUUGUUGCUGCCUCAGAUCCUAAGAGAAUUGCGUCCCCCAACAUUGCAAAUAUUCAGGGAUGGUUACCAGGACUUAAAGUUGAUGGAGACUCAAAUCAACUCCCAACUAUUGCCAUAGUGGCUUCAUAUGACACAUUUGGGGCUGCGCCAACAUUGUCAGUGGGAAGUGAUAGCAAUGGAAGUGGUGUAGUGGCACUUCUUGAAAUUGCUAGGUUGUUUUCUGCUCUAUAUUCAAAUCCUAAAACUAGAGGUAGAUAUAAUUUACUCUUUGGAUUGACAUCUGGUGGACCGUAUAACUACAAUGGAACUCAGAAGUGGCUUCGGAGUUUUGACCAGCGUCUACGUGAGAGUAUAGACUAUGCUAUCUGCUUGAAUAGUGUUGGGUCCCUUGGCAAUGAGUUACGUCUUCAUGUGUCCAAACCUCCAGAAAAUGCUUACAUACAGCAGAUAUUCCGGGGUUUCUCUACCAUAGCAGAAGAAUUGGGCCUUCAAGUUGGUCUUAAGCACAAGAAAAUAAACAUCUCGAAUCCUCGAGUAGCCUGGGAGCAUGAACAGUUUUCAAGGUUGAGAGUCACUGCAGCAACACUAUCUGAACUUUCUGCUGCACCUGAAUUACUGGAAAGCACAGGACAUCUGGCUGAUAACAGACAUUUUGUCAGUGAAGCCUCAAUCAUUCGAAGUGUCAAGCUUGUUGCUGAAAGUCUAGCGAGACACAUUUAUAACCAGGAGCAGAAAAGCAUAAGCAUAUUUGCAGACGAUAGUAGUUUAGCCGUCAAUCCUUCCUACAUAAGGUCUUGGCUAGAUCUUUUAUCUACAACACCUCGAGUGGCACCUUUUCUUUCAAAAAAUGACCCGCUUAUUAAGGCACUGGAAAAGGAAUUAGCUGAUCAUACUGCAGAGGUGAAUGUACAGCAUGAGACUCUAGAUGGA